AGAGGCCCAGUGUCACAACACCAUCAGGAGCAGCAGCUGCCGCCGGGGACACACGGGAGCUGUCGUGUUGUUUAUUUCACACUACAUAAACUUUUCUCCACCAUGUCGGGAUUUGACAGUAACCCCUUCGUGGACCCAGUGGACGUGAAUCCCUUCCAGGAUGCCUCAAUCACACAAGCCACCAGCGGAGCCACUGACAGCGUCGGAGAGUUCAACCCAUUCUCUGCCACUGACAUGGGAAGCCACUCUGGCACGACCAUCCCCAUCUCUGCUGCCUCCACUCAACCCGCCAUCCUCCCGACCUCUGUGGAGCAGACCCCACAAGCAAAUGCAGCUGCUGGCCAGGCUAAACUGAUCAAACAGCAGGAGGAGCUGGAGAAGAAAGCAGCCGAGCUGGAGCGGAAGGAGCAGGAGCUACAGAACAGGACCGGAGGCACAGCGGUCAACACCGGUGCUAAAGAGAACAACUGGCCACCUCUUCCUAAGUUCUCCCCCGUGAAGCCCUGCUUCUAUCAGGACUUUGAGGAGGAAAUCCCGGAGGAGUAUCGCAGGAUCUGCAAGAGAAUGUACUACCUCUGGAUGUUCCACAGUGCCACUCUCUUCCUCAACGUGCUGGCCUGCCUGGCUUACUUCACUGCAGACGCAGCGAAUGGUGUUGACUUCGGUCUGUCCAUCCUCUGGUUCAUCCUCUUCACCCCUGUGGCCUUCAUCUGCUGGUACAGGCCCGUCUACAAGGCAUUCAGGUCCGACAGCUCCUUCAGCUUCUUCUUCUUCUUUUUUGUCUUCUUCUUCCAAGUGGCAGUGUACAUCAUCCAGACUGUAGGGAUCCCAAAGUGGGGGAACAGUGGAUGGAUCUCAUCCAUCAGCAUGAUCCGGUCAAACUUGGCUGUGGCUGUGGUCAUGAUGGUGGUGGCUGGUUUUUUCACUGUGAACGCCAUCCUGGCUGUCAUCCUCCUGAAAAUGGUCCACUCUAAGUACAGAAGGACAGGUGCCAGCUUCACCAAGGCCCAGCAGGAGUUCUCCAGCGGAGUCCUGACCAACCGAACCGUGCAGUCUGCUGCAGCCAGCGCCGCCACCUCCGCUGCCCGGGGAGCCUUUGGCAGGAGCUAGAGAAAUUAGGCUGUUUCCCAACUCCUUCGUGCCUCAGGCUAGUCUCUUCUCUGACCAACCUGGCCAUGUCCCAACAUACUUCAAUGGGUUUAGGGGAUAUGGGUUUGAUAUUUAAUGAAAAAGGGCAAAAAAACAAGUAAGUUAUGAUGAGGGGAAUUCUUCUCGCUACAAGAUCAGCCCAGUGAAGUGUCCCUGUUCUCCACUUAUAAAACAGAAAACAAGCUAGAGGUCUUAUUCAAGCAUGUAAUGACUUGCACAUGCCUUGGUUGUUAUUGAACUCUUCACGACCCUCAUCAGCAAAUUCAUGCUCUCAAAAGUUAUUCUGGGAAUUGUAGGGAAUCCCAAACUGAAGUUGAAUACAACAAGGCAAAGGAGACAGAGUGGGUACGACACAAAAUAACUGGCAACACCUCAUCACAGUAUAACUAACUGGAACAUAUAUUUAACAUAGUCGACUAAAAAUGUAAAUGUGAGAUUAUCUGCAGUGAGCCACAGAACAGGGCUGGGGUUCAGUGAUAGAGUACAUUUAUUUAAAUCCCGUCACUGUUAAAUACGCUGGUGGAAAGUAUUAGGAUUCUUCCAUCUCACAGUUCAUGUAGGAAUAACAUACUGGGGCCUGAAAAAUAAACACUGCGAAGCGUUGGGAUUGUAGAAGGAGCAUACUUGACAUGACGAUGUUUUAUCAUCAUUGAAUGAUGGGUCCACAUAAUGUAUGUAUACAUGCUUUUGUCAUUACAACAGCAUGAAGAGUGUUCAAGGGUAACCAAGCCAUGCUGUCGUAUUAACAGUUUUAAUGUAUACAGUACACUUUAUACUACUGCUCCCCUGUAAUGAGAUGCAUAAUGUUAAAUACUUCACUACUGAUGAACACAGUUGCUGUUUGAAUUUUGCUCACUAAGCUGUAUGUUUUAUCGUGUAUAAUAAUAGUGCAUAGGACAAACUGAUGAUUUAUGAAGGUGGUGGGAUGAAGGUUUAAUCUUUCUGUUGUUUUAAUCAGUUUACUGAUUUAGAUGAAGUGAGACAAAGAGCUCUUGUUAGGGUGAAUGAAGAAGCAGUUUAACUAAAAUGGCACAUUUUAAUUGAGUUGUUAAAACCAUUACGUUUUCUGUCAUAGUAUGGCACCUUGCUAGGAUUAAACUGAAAGACAGGGUGCAGGUUAUUUAUGUAAAGUUACUGACAUAGUAUAGAGAGAGACUUAUCUACUUAGAGGAGUGUAUUAAAGGAAGCUUUGGUAUUUUUCAACCUGGACCCUAUUUCCCCAUGUUUGUGUGUCUAAAGAUUUACUCGCAAGGGACUAGUGUUACCUGGGGACCUUAUGUGAUUCAGAAAUUACCCCUCAUGUCUGUGUUUCUUGUAGCACAUUCGCACAGGAUAAGCAAAGUCUGUAUUUUACUCAGAUUAACUGACAUUAUCCCCCUGGAUAUGAUGCACACAGUCGUUUGUAACUCUGAACGUAACACAGAAACACUACACAGCACCACCAGCAGUGAUGUCAUGUUAACAUCCAUUUUUUAAUGUGGGUUAAACAAACAGAAUCAAUUCUGCAACACUGUCACAUUUUAUCCAUCUCAUCAUCAUUUGAUAUUUCGACCCUCUCCGACAUGACGUUCAUUUAUAAUCAGCAUCGCAGCCUCCGUAAAGAGGCAGAAAGAAGCCAUGGAGAGAACAAAAGAACUUGAAUACAACCCCACAUCACCAAGAUGUCGAUUUGCACGGGAUUAAGAUCACAGACAACCUUGGCAAUUAUUGCAAAUAACCAGAGAUCCCCAGGUAACACUUGUCCUGUGCGAACAGGGCUUCAGGGACUAAUGGAGAAAACAAUUUUUGAAUUGAGAGGGCUGCAGUCAGCAGCACCGAAACAGGCUGCGGUGUAACCACUCAGGGCAAGAGCGCAUGGUUCAUUUACAUCCACUGAAAGUUCUUGUUUUUGCCACUGAGAAGCUCGGAUUGUUUUAAGUAACUGACAACAUUAUGAAAAGGACCCGAUAGACACUUAUCUUUAAAUUUUCUUGGUCCGGGCUGUUUGUUACUGUCUCCCUGCAACAACUCCACUUGCGAGACCUCAGAAAAGAGAUUUCUCCUUGAGUGACUUGGUUAGACACAAUAACAAACAGAUCGGAUCAAGCAAAAGGAAAGGAAAAAGUUUUUUGUCUUUGUCUGUGACUAAACAGUAAUGAAAAUCUGAGCCUGACAGUGGCAAAACCUUUGCCACAAAACUUUUGGUGGUUGUACAAAAGCCAUUUUUACACAGAGAUCCCACAAUUGGGCCGCAACAAAGACCCUUCAUUACGCCGGCUGUGCUUUUGUAUACAGGGCCAAACAACACCACCAUCAUGCCACCCCAGUGUGUGAUUUCAGACAGCAUGCCAGCCUUCCAGAAGCAAAAGAGGUGUGACAGGCACGACAUGUAACGAACAGUGUCGGCCUCUAGUGUGACAAAUAACAUACAUGUUGACAGAGCUUUCUUAACAAUAGCAAUAGCAUCCCAUGUCCCUGUUAAAUAGAGUUUGAUCUCAUCCUCUGUUUAGAAGUUAAGGAGCUUCCUCAAUGAGACAACUCUGUCCCCCCAUUCUGCUUUUGUACCUUUUUUUAAAGAAUGCGAAUAACAGCACAACACUCCCCCCUUUAACAGAUUGAGGGUGCGCCAUCGCUUCCAAGGGUUACAUUGCAGCCUGUUUCGCAGCUGCAGACUGCAGCGCUCUUGCUCAAUACUAAACCAGUUUAGAUAUUGUUGUUCCCAUUAGUCACUUCGACACAAAAACAUGGGAGAAUAGGGUCCAGGUUGAAAAACACUGAAGUUUCCCUUUAAUGAGCACAAAGAACACAAUAGUUAUCUGUCGAUUAUCCAUUCUUUUGACUUUAUAUGAAUUAUACUGCAGAUAAAAGUCAUGUGUUACUGAAUAGUCGCAGAUUGUUUGUAUUUUCUAGCUGCUUUCUACCUACUUGUUUUUAGGUAUUUUCACAUUUGUACUUGUGAAUAUUUACGCUGUCCUGUUCUGACCUUUUUGUUACUGAAACACUAAAUAAUUUUGUCUAGGUGUAACCUCAGUGCCUUUCAGCUAAAGUUAUGCACCAAUGUUUGUGUGGGGAUUUAAGCACAAGGCUGUUGGUUGUUAGUGUUUUGUCUGAUUUUGUUUUUCUAAACAGAAAUUUAUUUUUCGGUGAAGUUUCCCUUUCAACAAUCAUCCUGUGUAUUAAGGUGUGUUGUACAUAUCGGUGCUUUAUUUAAAAGCUAUUUACUGGAGGGGUAUUUGCUGGAAAUUGGUUCUCAGUCUUAACACUGAAUAAAAAAUAAGUCAUUUUUUCCUCUUGAAAAA